AUGACAUGCCCCACAUGCAGUCAACAGUGGUGUUACUUUUGCGGAAAGAAAGCAGAAGAUUGUGAUAUGACAUUGAAUUCAACAUCAACAGGAACGAUUUUUGCUCACAAUGUUAAUUGGCAUAAAAAUCCUUCAAGAUGUCCUAUGUAUUUUACACAGAUUGCGGAUCAUGAUGAACGAUGGCCAGAUAGUGACGAAGAAUGUUUAUUUGUUUUUCAUCGUCGACGAUCAUUAUUCCUUCUCCGAAAAGCUUAUGAACAAUUAGGUGAAGAACGAUUUAGCGAACUUAAUGCGCAUUUUCAUAUUAUUGAUACAUCAGGAUUUACAAUGGAUGAAAUUAAAGAUGAAGAUUUAACCCAAAUUGUUUAUAAAGAAAUUGAUACUAAUGAUAGUGAUAAUGAUAGUGAUAAUGAUAGUGAUAAUGACGAGUGA